AGCUUCUGGUGGACCAUGUUGUUUCUGUAUCGCGAGAAUGCCAGGAUCGACCGGGUACAAAUUGAUGUUAUUUGAUACAAAUGUUUUAAAGAGCUACCAUCCAGUUUUGUCUGUUUAAACUUAAUUCGUACAAAGUACAUUGGCUUUGUAAACGUAGGGACAAGAAAGUGGACGAAAUGAUCGACUACGUGCACAAAAAUUUACAAGAAGCUGGUAAAGCAUUGGCCACCUUAAGCGACAACUUUGAACACGAUUCAAAGGUUGAACCCUGAACGCAAGUAGAACCAUCAUGAAAUUGGGACGACUCGGGGGAGAGUAUAGCGAGGGUACAGUAAUAAUUGAAGUCGCCCUAUAAAAAUGAUUCGUAUUCUUUCGAUGAACAAAAUAACGAACAAAUAAAGUUACCAUUUAAAACUCCCAAUUUCGUAGAACGUACAACAAACUGUUUCCUUUGUUCAAAAGGAAAUCCCUUUCCGUAUGAAAAUACAAACAUACGUGGAAAUUCUAAUUCUGAUUUUCUUUUACUUUCGAUAUGAUCCUCGCAAAAGCUGAUGUUCGUCGAUAUACUUGGUCGUAUACAACAAUGGACCGAUCUGGUGCAAAAUAAAUUGGACAACUGCAAAUUGGACCUCGAAGCUUUGCGCAAGGAAUUGAUGGCGCGUGCUUGCGAAAUUGAGGAUCUGAGAAACCAGCUGGCAAAAUGCGAAGAACGUGAGAAAGCAGCAGCAGCCACUCAAACCCACGUUGAAAAGCGGGAGGUCGAAAGUCAGAAGGUCGUUGCUGUAGAAAAAGAAGAUGACUCAAAGAAAGAGGAUGAAUCAAAGAAAUACGAUGAUGCUAUAGUUAGCGCUGUUCCAGAGACAAGGACGAUUGAAUAUGGUCAAUCUCCAGAAGUUGAAACAAAGGUUGUGGAGAUAGUCUGCACAGACGCAGCUAUUCAGUCAAUGAUGAAGGACAAUGAUAGAAUGAGACGAGAAAUUGAGGUACUAUGAAAGACUAUGCCUCUAUUGUUAAGUUUAAAUGGACUAAUGAGUUGUCAUCAUCAAGGUCUUUCAAAGAUCCCAAGAGGCCUUUAAGGUUAAGUUGAAGAAAGACAAAAUAUUAGGUUGUCCCAAAAGUUUCUUUCGCUUUAUUAAUAAGUAAUACAUGCACAAUAUUUUAUGUUUUAUGUUACACUACUGAAUUGUGCACGAUUCAGAUUGCACCAUUACUGUUACAACAUGAAUAUCUAUGAAAUUAGAUUGUCUAUUUAUAUAAACACGGCCACAUAAAAUAAUUGAGUGCAACUCGCGAAAGAAACUUUCGGGACAACCUAAUACUUGUGGUCAAACAGUGUUGUAUUUUAUUUUAAUUGUUUUUACUUGUCAAACUGUUCCAAAGUACUUAAUAAAUAGUUAAUAACGUUACAUCUAAGACAGAAUCUAAUAGACAAGCUCUAUCGAUGAAUCCAACUAACAGAGAGCAAAGAAACAUAACUAACUUUUUUG